AUGAUCCCCACUGUGAGCGCCGGUGAUGAGGCGGCGCUGCUAACUUUCAAAGCACAAGUAGCCAUCGAUGGCAGUUCUGGUAUGCUGGCCUCAUGGAACAGCAGCACCAGCUUCUGCAGCUGGGAGGGCGUGACAUGCAGCCGUCGGAGGCCAACACAGGUGUCGGCGUUGAACUUGCAAGGCGGCGGUAUCAAAGGAGCACUCCCCCCGGCAAUAGGUAAUCUGACUUACCUGCAGACGCUCAACCUGAGCGCCAAUGAGCUAUAUGGUGAGAUCCCAGCAAGCCUGGGCCAUCUCCGGCGCCUGGAGACACUCGACCUUAGCAACAACUUAUUCUCCGGGGAGUUCCCUGCUAAUCUCAGCUCCUGCAUCAGCAUGACCAUCAUGGUGCUAGACGGCAACAAGCUUGGUGGUCACAUUCCGGCCGAGCUCGGAGCAAUGACUUCCCUGGAAGCAAUAUCGCUGAGCAACAACAGCUUUGCAGGACCCAUCCCUGUAUCACUGGCCAAUCUAUCUCAUCUGCAGUAUCUCAGUCUCUCCAGCAACCAGCUCGAUGGAUCAAUACCACCAGGACUCGGCAGCAUUCAGAGCAUGUGGCAACUCCAUCUCUACAACAAUAACCUCUCCGGUUUGCUUCCACUCUCUCUAUACAACUUGUCUUCACUGAUCAGCUUUCAGGUAGGGGGCAACAUGCUGCAUGGAAGCAUUCCUACUGAUAUCGGCAACAGAUUCCCCAGCAUGCAGAUUCUUAGCUUGUCAAGUAACCAAUUCACCGGGAUAAUCCCUUCUUCAGUAUCUAAUCUCUCCCAUCUCACGACACUCAACCUCGAGCAAAAUAGAUUGAGUGGGCAUGUGCCUGCCACUUUGGGGAGGGUGCGAGCUCUGCAAAAUUUGCUCUUGACAGAAAACAAGCUUGAAGCAAAUGAUAAGGAGGGAUGGGAAUUCAUCAAUUCUCUAUCAAACUGCAGCCAACUGCGGUGGUUGAUACUCAGUGACAACUCUUUUGGAGGACACCUACCAGGUUCAGUUGUGAACCUCUCAGUGACCCUUCAAAAGCUAUACUUGGAUGACAAUAGGAUCUCUGGGAGUAUCCCUGCAGACAUCGGAAAUCUUGUUGGUCUCAACAUACUGCUGACUGUGAACAAUUCUAUGUCAGGAGUGAUUCCGGACAGCAUUGGGAAACUAGAAAACUUGGUAGACCUUGGCCUGUAUGGUAAUGCCUUGUCAGGUCUCAUACCACCGUCUAUAGGAAAUCUCACAAAAUUAACUAGGUUCCUUGCAUUUUACAACAAUCUGGAAGGACCAAUACCAGAAAGUCUUGGGAAGCUGAAGAAUCUAUUUAUUCUUGAUCUCUCGACAAAUUACUACCUUAAUGGUUCUAUACCCAAGGCAAUUUUGAAGCUUCCUUCACUUUCAUGGUACUUAGAUUUAUCAUAUAAUUCUCUUUCAGGACCCCUUCCAUCAGAAGUUGGUACCAUGACUAACCUCAACGAGUUAAUCUUGUCAGGAAACAAGUUGUCUGGCCAAAUACCUAGUAGCAUUGGAAACUGCAUAGUUUUGGUCAAACUUUUACUGGAUAAGAACUCGUUUGAGGGUAGCAUACCUCAAUCUCUGAGCAACUUGAAAGGACUCAGUGUAUUGAAUCUGACCAUGAACAAUUUGUCUGGUAGGAUCCCUGAUGCCAUUGGUAGUAUUAGAGCUCUACAACAGUUGUACCUAGCACAGAACAAUUUGUCAGGGUCCAUCCCAGAAGAUUUGCAGAAUUUGACAUCGUUGUCUAUAUUGGAUUUAUCUUUCAAUAAUUUGCAGGGUGAGGUGCCAGACAAAGGUGCUUUCAGAAACCUAACUUACAUAUCAGUUGCUGGGAAUAAUCAGUUGUGCAGCAAAACACAUCAACUUCACUUGGCAACUUGCUCUACAAGCCCAUUAGGAAAGGACAAAAAGAAGAAAUCAAAGUCUCUUGUAAUUUCUUUGCUAACAUCUAUAAUAGUCUUAUCAUCAGUUUCAGUUAUUCUCCUUGUUUGGAUGCUCUGGAAGAAGCGCAAACAAAGGCAUAAGAGUACUGUAGAAUCUCCAAUUGCUGAACAAUAUGAAAGAAUUUCAUACCUUGCAUUAUCAAGAGGAACCAAUGAGUUUUCAGAAGAUAACUUGCUCGGAAGUGGUAGAUAUGGUGCUGUUUAUAAAUGCAUUCUUGAUAAUCAGGACAAAACCUUGGCUGUCAAGGUCUUUAACCUUUGUCAAUCUGGAUCUUCCAAGAGUUUUGAGGCAGAAUGUGAGGCCAUGAGAAGGAUACGACACCGUCGUCUUAUAAAGAUCAUUACUUGUUGCUCAAGUACAGACCCCCAAGGUCAAGAGUUCAAGGCAUUAGUUUUCGAAUUUAUGCCCAAUGGUAGCUUAGAUCUUUGGCUUCAUAAAAAAUCUCAGCUCACUUCAAGCAGGACACUUAGCCUUUCCCAGAGGUUGGAUAUAGCUGUUGAUAUAGUCACUGCAGUGGAGUAUCUUCACAAUAACUGUCAACCGCAGGUAAUCCAUUGUGACCUUAAGCCAAGCAACAUUCUUCUUGCUGAAGAUAUGAGUGCCCGAGUAGGAGACUUUGGCAUAUCAAAAUUUCUCCCAGAAAAUACAAGGAUACAAAAUUCAUAUAGCUCAAUCGGAAUAAGAGGUUCCAUUGGCUAUGUUGCUCCGGAGUAUGGUGAAGGCUCUGCAAUCUCAACAUCUGGUGAUAUUUAUAGUCUUGGCAUAUUGCUGCUUGAGAUGUUUACCAGCAGGAGCCCAACAGACAACAUGUUCAGAGAUUCACUAGAUCUGUAUAAGUUCACCGAGGAGGCUCUACCAGACAGAACCUUGGAGAUAGCAGACUCAACAAUAUGGCUACACAAAGAACCGAAGAACAGCACUACUACGGGAAGUAGAAUCCAGGAAUGCUUGAUUUCUAUCUUCAGGAUUGGGCUAUCCUGCUCGAAGCAACAGCCUCGAGAGCGAGCAUCGAUAAGAGAUGUUGUGGUGGAGAUGCAUGCGGUCCGAGAUGCAUACCUGAUGUUUGGCAAUUAG